GACGACGGUGACAGAGCGCUUUACGACAGUUGCUUUGUGGCAGCACUGGAAAAGAAGAUGGCUGCCACCUUAGUAGCUGCUCGAGGAGGCGGACCUGCGCCGUCAUGGGGUCCAGAGGCCAUCGCCCCAGACUGGGAAAACCGGGAAGUUUCCACAGGGACCACUAUCAUGGCUGUGCAAUUUGACGGAGGCGUGGUUUUGGGGGCAGACUCUAGAACAACCACUGGGUCCUACAUUGCCAAUCGAGUGACUGACAAGCUGACACCAAUUCACGACCACAUUUUCUGCUGCCGCUCAGGCUCAGCAGCUGAUACCCAAGCAGUAGCUGAUGCUGUCACUUACCAGCUUGGUUUCCACAGCAUUGAACUGAAUGAGCCGCCACUCGUACACACCGCAGCCAGUCUCUUUAAGGAAAUGUGUUACCGAUAUCGGGAAGACCUGAUGGCAGGAAUCAUCAUCGCAGGCUGGGACCCUCAAGAAGGAGGACAGGUGUACUCAGUUCCCAUGGGGGGCAUGAUGGUAAGGCAGUCUUUUGCCAUUGGAGGCUCUGGGAGCUCAUAUAUCUAUGGCUAUGUUGAUGCUACAUACCGGGAAGGCAUGACCAAGGAAGAGUGUCUGCGGUUCACUGCUAAUGCUCUUGCUUUGGCCAUGGAACGGGAUGGCUCCAGUGGAGGAGUGAUCCGCUUGGCAGCCAUUGAAAAAUCAGGUGUAGAACGGCAGGUACUUCUGGGAGACCAGAUACCCAAAUUCAACAUUGCCACUUUACCACCACCCUGAAUCCAAGGAUUCUAGGAUGCAGUAAGAGACUUGUACUGAUUUAAAAAAAAAAGUUAAUAAACAUUCUGUCAAAAUGAA